AUGAAAAUGUCAGAGAAGGAUAUCAUCCACAAUGUGCUGCAGAUGACACCAACAUUCAUUCUAGCGAUGCCAAGAUGCCCGUUUUGCACCAAGGCAAUAGCUGCACUUCCGUCUGCGAAGGUCUACGACUACCUCGAGUAUCCUGAGCUUGACAGUGCUAUCACAGACGUAUACUCCUACAAGACGUAUCCGAAAAUAUUUUUAGAAGGAGAAUUCAUAGGGGGAUACAGUGACCUGGUUUCCAGAAACAGCGCCCUUUAA